AUGGCUCCAGUAAUGUUGCCAAGGAAAGCAGAGAAGAGGAUUGCUUCGUCCAUCUUCAUCACCCUUGUGCCACCACAGAGAGAUGUGGCCAGCAAGGAGGAAACCCAACAGAAGCCACAGCCAGAUGGUGCCGAGGUCCCUGGCAGCCAUCACUCCCAGAUCCUGCUCUCAGACCCCAUGUUGCCCUAUGGAGAAACCCACACGGUGGCCCCUGUACCUUCAUCCCCACCAGUCCUUCCCCUCUCUGAAGUGCCCCAGCCCUCAUCUGGAGAGGCGCUGGGUCUGGCACUGCAACAACUGGACCUUGCAGCACCUGCCACCCUCCAGGCCCCUUCCACCUUCCCUGCUGAAUUGAAGCCACCCACAUUUUGUCAUGAGCAAGCAGGCAAGCAGCAGUGGCAGGAUGUGAAUGGGUACCUGGAGAGGGACAGCUCCAGAGACAUCUGUGCCUUCUGCCACAAAGCGCUGGGGCCCCAGGAGCCGACAGUGGAGGCAAUGCGGAAGCAGUACCACCCUGACUGCUUCACCUGCCGCACGUGCCACCGACUCCUGGCUGGGCAGCGCUACUUCCAGAGAGAUGGGUGCCCCACAUGUGACACCUGCUUCCAGGCCACACUGGAGAAAUGUGCCAUGUGCCAGGAGCUGAUCACAGAGCACAUUGUCCGUGCCCUAGGCAAGGGCUACCACCCCAGCUGCUUCUCCUGUGCUGCCUGUGGCCGGGCCAUGGGCACUGAGAGCUUUGCUGUGGACGAGCAGGGUGACGUGUACUGCGUGCCUGACUUCUAUAGGAAAUACGCUGCGGUGUGCAGUGCCUGUGAGCGCCCCAUUGUCCCCCAUGAGGACGAGGACACCUACAAGAUCGAGUGCCUGGGACGCAGCUUCCACGAGAGCUGCUACCGCUGUGAGAUCUGCAGGAUGCCUCUGUCACCAGAGAUGACAGAGAAUGGGUGCUACCCCUUGGAUGACCACCUCCUCUGCAAGUCCUGCCACGUCCGCUGCUGCAGUGAGUCAUCCUGCUGA